AUGUAUUCCCAUCACAUCAGGUGUGCCCAUCAGAGUGCGCCUUUACAUCAAUUGUCCCCAUCAGAGUGCCCCUUUACAUCAGGUAUCCCCAUCACAUUGCCACCUUACAUCAGGUAUUCCCAUCAAGUGCCCUUUUACAUCAUAUUCCCCAUCAGAGUGCCCCUUUCCAUCACAUGUGCCCAUCAGAGUGCCCUUUCCACAAUAUGUACCUAUUUGUGCCCCCUUAACAUAAAAUGGGCCCAUCAGAGUGCCCCUUAACAUAAAAUGUAUCCAUUAGAGUGACCCUUAACAUAAAAUGUGCCUGUCAGAGUGUCCCUUAACAUAAAAUGGGCCCAUCAGAGUGCCCCUUAACAUAAAAUGUAUCCAUUAGAGUGACCCUUAACAUAAAAUGUGCCUGUCAGAGUGUCCCUUAACAUAAAAUGGGCCCAUCAGAGUGCCCCUUAACAUAA